AUGAGCUCUUCUGACGAAGCCAACGGCUCGGCACGGCCAGAAGCUCUCCACAAUGACUAUGAAGGCUACCGAGGCCUGCCAAUAGGGUCCUACACGGAUCAGAAGCUGCGUCAUGCCUCUGCCCAUCAUUUGCAUAUGACGAGUCGCCGUUUCUUCAUUGGGCCGAUUCCGGAGGGCUGGGUUCAUGGUCACCGCAAAUCUUGGUACAAAUCACGGCUGCAGUUCAAGAACUAUACCUCCCAGACCCUUUCCUUCUCCGUAGACCCUAUCAAGUCUCAUUAUACCCAGAGAGACAAGAGUCAACCCGAUACCCAAACGGACCAAGCGGGGCCUUCGUCGGCGCUGGCGGGGGAAGAAGAAGAAGAGGUUGCUCUUACAUUUACACACACCAACGAAGAGUCAACAGAGGAGGAAGAGAUUGGAGAACAACAACAACAGGAAUCAGCUGAAGAGGACUCGGGAGAGCUUCGUACUCUACCCCACGUUGCCGCAGAGACGGGGCCUGACACUGAGACGGGGACGGAGACGGAAACAGCUGAUGAUGCUCCGUUGGGGGCCCCGGAUGAUGAUGACGACGAGGAAGAUUCAGACAAAACGCCACGGGCGAGCGCAAGGCCGACCAACAGGACCGAGGACGACAUAUAUGAUAACGGGGAAGCCUCAACCUCUUUUGUCACAGCCAGAGAAGACGCCUCCAGCACCACAGACUCAAAUACGUCUACAUCGACAAUACAUGCAACUGGCUUGCAACCGAGCCAACGUCCGGUUUCAAGGGGAUCUCAGAACCUGAGUGUUGCCGGUCCUAGCAAUCCGAGUCCGAUAAUAUCAAGUGUUUCUGCCAUAGCCAGCGAAACUGACUCCACUACGCACCUUCUGAAGGCGAAACCCAAAGUCCAGAAAAAACUGAAAAGCAAAGCUUCGGGAAUAUCUCGCUUCGCAUUAGAGCACCAUGAUCCCCAGAGCGAUGAUGACGACCAGGACGGGGACCUCCCCAAAAAUGGAUAUAUGCCACGACGAUUCACUCGCAAAAUGGCGAAAUACAACAUCAAUGACAACGUCCAGGACAAACAAGAUAGAAUCAAGUCUCGAAUCGCCAAAACAGGAGGAACAAUUGUUGCAAAUCGACCCCGCCGGCGCAAGAUCCAGGAUGGUGAAAUCAUCAAGGCUGAGAGAAUGCUGGUCCUGGUUGAAGAAACGCCCAAGGAAAAUCUGCCUGCUGAUUACUCUGAAAAUGACAGUCUUCGAAUGGAGACCCGGGUUGCGGACAAAUGGCGAGAGUUUUUGGUUAUCUGUCGAAAGGGCUCUGCUGAACAUGCGCCCUUUUCUUUGCAGAUGUACCGAACGCGUGUUAUCCCCGAUAUUUCCAAGCCAAACAGCAAGACAGCCCCUUAUUACGAGGUCCAAUUGAACCACAGGAACACUCAUGUCAACCUCUACUCUUCAUUGGACAAGACCAUUGUGGUAUGGCAUCCUCGGAAGCGUGGAACCAAGAUUUACAUCAUCCGGCCGAAGUCAACAGCUCAUGCUGCGGAGUGGUAUACAUUCAUCCGACAAGUCCUUGGCUGGCGGCGUCCCACCAAACUUCCCAUCAAUGUUCCCGACUUGGGAGUAUCGUUGGUGUUCAAUCAUCCCUUCGAUCAACUGGAAGCUAGGCUAGGUGCCGUCGAUGACGAUACUAAGCAUACUACUAUUUUGAGCAGAACUGCAGCUGGUGAACGGUUUGCCGCAAGAGCAAUCAUUCGUGGCUGCCUGGAAAUGCUCGAAGGUCGCCCAGAGUGGUCUGAGGUGUUGCGAGCGUGGUCCAAGACCGAAAAGAUGGGACUCGCUUGGAAGCGGUAUGACCGCCUGGAAUGGAUCUUUGGCGAGAACGAAGCGAAUAUGUGUGGGACCAUCGCAAUGCAGUCAUCGCACGAGCUUGAACUCCGCCCACGUCAUCAUUAUUCAACUUCAAUCCGACACUCGGGCGAGAAGGAAACAGAACCGGCGCCAAUUGAAGGAUUCCUGAUUCGCUUGACAUCGCAAAAAGGCAUACAUCAGAGGAUGAACAAAAUGUUUUUCAAGCGGCUAUACUUCUUCACGCAGGAUCAUUAUUUGUUGUUCUGCAGGCCAGCCAAGGCAUUCCCCCCAACACCACCGAAGUUUGCUCCAACUUGCAUGGGCGAAGAAUCGGACAUCCCGACCUCUCGUCAGAUAUUGAACGAAAUGCCCAUAUCCUGGGAUAUCGAUCCAUAUCCCGUCCAAGAUGGAGAUAUUGUUUGGCUUGCCAGUGGCAAUGACGAGUUUGUCCAACGACAUGACGAGGAGGCUUACGCACAACUACAGAGAAACGUUCACAACAUGAGCCAAGCAGACGGAUACAUUGAUCUAUGCCGAGUGACGAACGUGCGGAUAAUUCAGCGAGGUACCAGUCCUGCUGACCCCAACGUUGGAGAGGGACCUGCCGUCGACUUUCAACCUGAGCCCACAGACUCUCGACGAGAUGAUGGUGAUACUGGAGAAUUUGACGAUGACCGCACCUUUGAAAUGGUGUUGGAUAAUGACCUAGUCAUUCGCUUACAGGCGUACGAUGCUGCCACUCGUGAUGAAUGGGUCAAGCGACUUGACGCCUUGGUCAAGUACUGGAGAAUGCGACACGCAGACGAUGCAGCUGAACUUCAAGCCGUGCGCCAGAGAAACCUCAAGCUCUUGGAAAUUGACGAGGAAAUGGAAUCAAUUGUGGGCCAGUUCGCGAAGAAGUGGGAGGUCAAACACGCCGAAGCAUCGCCGCUCCUGCACAACAUGUGUGCAUUGUCUGGUUGCCGAGCGAUCAAGAUGUCCGGUCAGCUCUACCGCAAGCCUCGUCGGCACUCAACCUUUACCAAGUGCCAUGUUAUCCUCACAGCAGGCAAACUCCUCAUCUUCCGGAGCACACUGCGCAAGGGAAACGGUGUUAUCGUCCCGCAUAUCCAUCAGCAGCACGAAACAACAAUCGAUCUACGGGAUUGCUAUAUCUACUCAGGACUUAUCACAGAGAAUGAUUUGCUCUAUGCCAACCAGACCUUUGACAGUAACAACCCUGGUCUGCACGCGCUACCAAGGGCUUAUCUGUCUUCGGACGUCUAUACGAGCCGCGAUGAAGACACGGCCAUCACUUUUGUUCUUUGGCAGCCUAUCAAGAAGAGCUUUUUCCGCGCUCAAGAGCCAGGUAUCCAGGGUGAGGCCAAACAUUCCCUUCGGCAUGUGACGACACUGGGAAAACAUGGGCGAACGAUCGUUUUCAAGACGCGCAGUCGAGUCGAGAAAGAUCAAUGGGUGUUGAGCAUCUCCUCUGAGAUCGAUCGUCUGCAAGAGGAAAAACAAGAAGAUAUUCGGAUUGUUUCUCUCUAG